UCCUGCAAGGUGCACACUUGAGCUUCUUGAACCUUUUCUGGACGAAAAGGGGAGAGGAGGGAGUCCGUGGACCUGGCGGCCCGAGGCUUCCUGCUCUGGUAACUGAGAAUUUCUGCUCCCAAAUGCCUGGGGACUCGGAAGACCCGAAAGAAGCGGUCCCAGGCUCACAAACAGGAAGUCCCCCCACCUCGGGGCUCCACCCCUUGAAGGACCCCCGUGUGGCCCCAGCAGAGAGCCCGCAGCCAGAGGGAAUGGCCCCCGGGACCCCGAGGCCCCCCUCCCAGGGGUCCAUAACACUCAAGGAUGUGACUGUGGACUUCACCCAGGAGGAGUGGGGCCUGUUGGACCAUUCUCAGAAAGAGCUGUACCUGGAGGUCAUGCUGGAGAUUGUGCAGAAUCUACUCUCUGUGGGUGCUGGAAGAGUUCAAAAAGGAAUUAAAAAAUCAAAUGAGGGAAGUGGAACAAAAAUGGGGGAAAAUAAUUAA